UUCAAACCUUUCCUCAACUUUUAGGUACAUUAGAAUUACCAAUAUUAUUUAUAAUUUCUAGUAGUGUAACUUUUGUUUAUAGCUUGAACAAAUGUUUCUAUUGGACUUACACCAGGGUUUUGUGAUGGAUACUCCAAAACAUUAACUUUGCUGUUCUUUCAUGUUAAUCUAAAAAAAAUAUUAAUGUCAUUUACCAUUCAAAAGACUAAUUUGUUGUUGAGCUCCAACUUUCAGGAUGAUGUCUUCAAUUGAUGAUGGAAUAUGUUUAUGAAAUUCCACCUUUUUUCUACAGAUAGAAACAAUAUAUGGAAAAAAACACUUCAGUUAUCAUUAAAAAUUAAGGUUUUUGUUUCAAACUAUAAUCUGGCUUCUUCAUGUUGCCAGUGGAUAAUGUGAUCUUCCUCGCUAAAUGUUUAUUAGCCGAUGUUGGAAAAUAAGACGACUUCAGCAUCUUUACAUUAUCCAUAGAACAAGCCAGAUUUGUUUAUACUGUUUAUGAUAGCCUUACUGAUUUGUUUAAACUUUUGCAUGAUGUCAAACAUUUAAGCGCUGUGUUUACACUACAGGUGUGCCUGGAUUUAACUAUGAUCUUGUUUAACAAAUCAAUGACAUCCCACUGAGAUUUCUGUAACAGUUUAACAGUAUACUAAUUUUAGUUGACUUGCUUAAAGUUACAUAAAAAUGUUUUCUCUGCUAUUAUUCGGGAAUCUAGCAAAUUGUUUUUAAUAUAUUGUAUGUAAAUGUCUAAUUUCAAAUGUAUUGAUUUGCUGUUUUCAUAUUUUGUUUCUGUUUURAUGGCAGUUUUUCUCCAAACUUCAUUGAUCUCUGUGGCUACUGCUUCUUGUACCGGCUGUGAUUGUUGUGCUUCAGGCACAGAGUGCAUCACCACUAAUGGAGUUGUUCAAUGCCUUGACCCCUGUGCCACAUACACUGUGGUGAAUGAUGCCUGGCGUUCAACAGAGUAUACAGACAGAACAAUCUUGCACUGUGACCAAAACAUUGUCUGGAGUGGAUGGUAUCGCUUUUAUUUGGGGCAGAGCAGCGCUCGCAUACCAGAGAAAUGUGUAGCAGAAUACCAUUGUGGAACCGCUGCUCCUUUGUGGAUAAACGGGGCUCAUCCAGUCCAGUCUAAUGAAAUCGUAACUUGCAAUGUAUGUGGUGCCUGGGCGGGUUCCUGUUGCACUUUUGCCUCAAACACCAUCCAGAUCAAGCUUUGUUCUGGAUUCUACGUCUACAAAGUUCAACUGCCAUCUGGAUGCAAUCUGGCAUAUUGUGCAGAAAUUCCACCCUUCAUAGUUUUGGCACAAAGUGAGACCAGCAUCACUCUGCAGUGGAGCGCAGUCACCACCAGCUUUGUUCUCCAGUAUGACGGCACAGAGACAAACAUCAAUGCUCCAGAUGGAGCUGCAACAGUGACUCACACAGUCUCAUCUCUGACUGCUGGAACCAUAUACACAUUCACUCUCUACACUGUGACUGGAAAUGUGAGAAACAAUGGAGGACAACUGACAGCUGUCACAGCUCCUCAAAAUACAGGAGGAUUUACAAAGUCAGGACAAGAUGAGAGCAGCAUCACCCUGCAGUGGAAUAAAAUCAACAAUAACAUCGGCUUUGUUCUCCAGUUAAACGGCAUAGAGACAAACAUCAAUGCACCAGAUGGAGAUGGGCCAGUGACCCACACAAUUUCAUCUCUCACUGCUGGAACCAAAUACACAUUCACUCUCUUCUCUGUGUUUGAGACCAUCAGAAGCAGUGGAGUACAACUUGUAGCUUUCACUGCUCCUCAAAAUGCAGGAGGAUUUACAAAUUCAGGACAAAAUGAGUCCAGCAUCACCCUGCAGUGGAAUAAAAUCAACAACAUCAACUUUGUUCUCCAGUAUGAUGGCAUAGAGACAAACAUCAGUGCACCAGAUGGAAAUAUACCAGUGAUCCACACCGUUUCAUCUCUCACUGCUGGAACCAAAUACACAUUCACUCUAAUCUCUGUGUUUGAGGGCAUCAGAAGCAGUGGAGUACAACUCACAGCUGUCACAGCUCCUCAAAAUGUAGAAGGAUUUAAAAAAUCAGGACAAUAUAAGAGCAGCAUCACCCUGCAGUGGAAUAAAAUCAACAACAGCACCAGCUUUGUUCUCCAGUGUGACGGCAUAGAGACAAACAUCAAUGCACCAGAUGGAGAUGGACCAGUGACCCACACAGUUUCAUCUCUGACUCCUGGAACCAGAUACACAUUCACUCUCUACUCUGUAUUUGAGACCAUCAGAAGCAGUGGAGUACAACUUGUAGCUUUCCUUGAACCAAGCUAUAUCAUAAGAAUGAAACUUCAAUUAAAUUCUCAGACACAACUAUCAGAUUCAGAGAUGGAAGAUGUUUUAGUGGAGUUCUUCAAAGCUCAUGGUUUAUCACAGUUUUCCCUGAAAGUUCGCAUCAUCAAACCGUGAAGAAAUCCAAGGAUGAAAUGGAGGAUCAGUCCAGUUUCUUUAGUUAAUAUUUACUUUUGUCUUUGUUCUCUUAAAUUUAAUAUAUUAUCAGCCAGAUGUAUUUACUUAGGGAAAAAAAAGAUCAUUGCUUAUUUUAUAUUCUAUCAUGCAUGACUCUUUCGUCUAACUAGUGGUUAAGAUGUUUAUUUGUCUGUUUGUUUGGUUAUUUUACAGGACUCAGUUGAAUUUAUUAGGAUUACUAUAAUUAUCUUUUUAUGCACAUAUUGUGUUGGGUUUCUGUUGAGUUUAACAAUGGCCAUAAUCUUUCUUUGUUUGUAUAAAAUUGUUACAACUAAAAAAAAAUUAGCACUAGAAAUUGUAAUCAUAAAAAGAAUUGAAACUACAUUCACUUUUUAGGAAA